UUGUCGCCGCCAGGAAGGUCCACCAGGGGAUCGUACUCCAUGUGGCUGCGGUCGCCAGAUGAGCUAAUUGGAUGUUGUCGGAGUUUGAACCACUUUUCUACUUGCUCGGUCAUACAUGAUUAUUCCCCGACGUGUCUGCCAGAUACGCCCGCGACGCGUGAUACUAUCUGGCAUCCAACCAACUGGUAUUCCUCAUCUAGGGAACUACCUAGGCGCACUGUCUAAUUGGGUCAAGCUGCAAAAAUCUGCAGAGCCCGAGGACAAACUGCUGUUUUCGAUUGUUGGAUGGCAUGCAUUGACCCUUCCACAGGAUCCUGCUGCCCUACUGGCUGCAAGGAAUGACAUGCUGGCUGUUUUACUCGCCAUAGGCAUCGAUCCUGACCGGUCAAUAUUGUUCCACCAGGACCAUAAUCCUCACCAUACUGAACUCUCCUGGAUAUUGAGCUGCAUAACGCCCAUGGGGAAGCUGCGCCGGAUGACGACCUGGAAGUCAAGAUUAGCUGCGGCACGAAACUCUGGCUCAGAGGACAUGGUGGAUGAGUCGAUGCUCAACGCUGGCCUAUUCAUGUAUCCUGUGCUACAAGCCGCCGAUGUGCUUGUUUAUAAAGCUACUCACGUUCCUGUUGGCGACGAUCAACAGCAACAUAUAGAACUUACCAGAGAUAUCGCUGAUAUUUUCAACCGAACAUUCAAAGGAACGUCUCCCCUGUUCCCCCUUCCGACCUACGUCAACACCCCAUCGAAGCGGAUUUUGUCGCUCAAAGACCCAACGUCCAAGAUGUCGAAAUCUUCACCCGACGUCCAGUCCCGCAUUCUGCUCACCGAUAUCGCUUCCCAGAUCCAAUCGAAAAUCCGAGCUGCUGUCACAGAUUCCAUUCAGGGUAUCACUUACGAUCCUCAAGGCCGCCCGGGCACCUCAAAUCUGCUUACUAUCCUCGCCGCCUGCACAGACAGCGAUGUCACCCAGGUCGCAAAAGCCUAUGAGAGCCAGGGUCACGGAACUUUGAAACGCGAUGUCGCAGAGGCCGUUGAGGAAUUCCUCAAGGGGCCUCGGGCGCAGUUCGAUCGCAUUCGUCAGGAAACGUCAUAUCUCGAUGAAGUAGCACGUCGCGGGGCUGUCCGCGCUAUUGAACAGUCCGAGGUGACCAUGAUGGAAGUCAAAACACGCCUAGGUCUUGCAUCACCUGUGGUGCAUUAACGAAUGUAACUACAAUCAUGAUAAUAUUAAUUUCUGAGUUUAUCAU